UGCUAAUUAACCCUAAUCAAUACAAGUUCCGGUUCGGACCCUAGCACCAAUUAAACCUAGCAAAAAAAAAACCUAGCACCAAUUAAGCGAAACCUACAUAUUCUCCCUCUUUAUCACUCACCGCAGAUAAACCCUAAUAAUCUGGGGUUUCUUCUUUCUUCAACUCAGAUAUUUUGAAGAAGAAGAAGCAAAUCAUAUCAAAUCAACAAUGGCUUGUCACGGUAUCCCAGUUUUAAAACCGGAAUGGUUGGGAGCAUCAGGAAAAACAGCAGAGAAAAUGAAUCUAUUAACACUCCAGCACAAGAUGAAGAUUGACCCAGAAGGAUAUGAAACUGAAUUAGCGCUUUUGUAUAAACAUUUUGAUUCAUUACUUUUUUUAUUUCAGCAACAAUCAGCUUUGAGUUUCUCAUCUAUUAACGGUGAUCCUACUGUUAGUAAAGAUCUUGGUGAUAUGGCUAUGUUUUUAGCUCAUGUUACUCCUUAUUAUCCAACUCAGUUAUCUGAUUAUCCGUGUAAAUUAGCUGAUUUGUUACGUUCGUCUGCAAAGUCUUUGCCGUCGUCUCUGAGAUGCCAUCUUACUAAAGCCUUGAUUUUGUUAAUUAAUAGAAAGUUUGUUGAUAUUGGAGAGACACUUGGGUUAUUUAUGGAGCUUCAAACUUUAGGAGAUAGGACUUUAAGGAAAGAUGCAUUCUCGCAUGUGAUUCAUAGUAUUCGACGGAUGAAUCAGAAGCAUACGAAUGAAACUCAGAAUCGACCGCUUCAGAAUAUUUUGUUUACAAUGCUACAGGAAGAGGAUGAAGCAAAAGCUAAGAGGGCUCUGAUUGUACUUUGUGAUCUUCACAGAAGAAGAGUUUGGUUUGAUGAAAGAACAGCAAAUGCAAUCUGUACAGCUUGUUUUCAUCCAUCAUCCAAGAUCGUGAAUGCUGCUUUGUCGUUCCUUCUUGGUUUUGAAAAAAUUGAAGAGGCAGAUGAUAGUGACGUCGAUAGCAGUGAAGAUGAGAAAAAUCCCCAGGUUGUUCUUCAGAGGGAGGAUGUCUAUAAGGCACAUCACAAAGGUACACUUGCUAGCAAGAAAAAAAAGCAAGCAAAGCUGCAACGUGCUAUUCGCAGCAUGAAAAGGCAGCAACGUGCUAACUCAGAGAAGGAUACACCGAAUUACUAUUCACCACUUAACCAUUUAAUUGAUGCGCAGGGGUUCGCUGAGAAGCUAUUCUCCCGUCUCCAGACUUGUAAUGAACGGUUUGAGGUUAAGAUGAUGAUAUUAAAAGUAAUUGCGCGGACUGUUGGACUUCAUCGCUUGAUUCUAUUGAACUUCUAUCCCUUUCUUCAGAAAUAUGUCCAGCCUCAUCAACGUGAUAUUACUGAGUUGCUUGCUUCAGCAGUUCAGGCUUGCCAUGAUAUGGUUCCUCCUGAUGCGGUUGGACCAUUGUUUAGACAAGUGGUUAACCAGUUUGUGCAUGAUAAGUCUCGAACAGAGGCAAUUGCUGUUGGACUGAAUGUUGUAAAGGAAAUCUGUCUCCGUAUUCCCCUGUUAAUGACAGAAGAUUUGCUGCAAGAUCUGGUCCUAUAUAGGAAGUCACAUGAGAAAGCUAUAUCUACAGCUGCUCGUUCAUUGAUCACUUUAUUCAGAGAGGUAUGCCCUUCAUUGCUGGUUAAGAAGGACCGUGGUCGCCCCACUAACCCCAAGGCACGGCCAAAGGCCUUUGGAGAAGUGAAUAUUGCUAGUAAUGUGUCUGGUCUUGAGCUAUUACAAAAUGAUGAUGGUGAGGAUGAAGAAAAUGAUGGUGGUGAUUCAGAUUCAAGUAUGUUUGACAAUGACGAGGAAGAGGGUACUGAGAUAACCGACAAUGCAAAUGCUCAGCUCAGCGAUGAAGAUGAAACCGAAGAAAGUGAUGCAGGUCUAGAUGGUGAUAAUGAAAGUGAUCAGAGUGAGGAAGAAGAAUCUGAUAGUGAGGACGGGGAUGGCCAUGAGGAUGAAGAGCAGGAGGACUCUAACAAACGUAAAAGGAAGCUCGGUGACUAUGCUGGGGAGUUGAAUGCUGAUACAAGUCUCCAGGCCCUUAAGAGGAUAGCAGAAUCGACUAGGGAAUUUGAAUCAUCAGAUUUGGCCGAUGGUAUCUUAUCAAAUGAAGAUUUUAAACGGAUCAAGGAGUUGAAGGCAAAGGAAGGAGCAAAGCUUGCUUUAGGUCAACAUGGGCUGUUAAGGAAGGGCCCAGAAGCAAAGUCACCUGCAUUUAAGGUUCCCAGUUCUGAGGAAUUAAGUCUUAAGCGAGUGAAUCCAUCAGUGCUCGAGAUUAACAUAAGAAGGAAGAUGACCAAAGAAGAGAGGCUAGAAUUAGUUAAAGCUGGAAGGGAAGAUAGAGGAAAGUAUCAGGCCCGAGCUGCCAUAAAACAGAAAAAGACCGGUGGUACCAGCAACAAGCAAAAGGAGCACAAGAAGAAUAUGCCUAUGGUUGCAAAAAGAGCAAAAAUUGUACGAUCUCGACAAGAGAGAAAGAGAUUAAACCGAAUUGCUGGCAAACAGUUCAGGGGUAAGAAAGCAUGGAAGUAGGCCUGAUGUAAUGCUGUAAAAGAAAUCCUUAUUUGUUUCCCCAUUAAUUUUGGUUAUAUUAUCGAUCUUAUAUUUGGUUAUGUUAUAAGCUCGCCUAAGUAUUUGUUUUUUACUUUUUAAAAAUGAAUGAAGAUUAAUAGGAAAGAUAUUAAAUAGAUUUUUUUCUUUAUA